UCUUGAUUAUUAAUUAUAAGUUUAUAGCCAAGAGGUAAUUUGUUUAGAAAGAUUUUCAUGAUGAAAGCUUAAACCCUAAUAAGUUUUUAAAGAGAUAUAUAAAAUUAUACCCAAGGGCAAUUUCCUUGAAAGAUGCAGUCUUUGACAAGAAGAUCGUUGCAGAGAUUUAUCAGCAAACAUGUCCAUGCAAUUGGAUGCCGGACAUAUGGUUCUACUAGGAUUUUUGAUGCUGGCCAGCCGACCGCUGCUUCUCACCCGGAAUUACUAAAAGAAGGGGAGUUGACUCCUGGUAUAACUUGUGAUGAAUACAUCUCCAGACGAAAGAGAUUGUUGGAGAUUCUCCCUGAGAAGAGUAUUGCCAUCAUUGCAGCUUCCCCAAUCAAGAUGAUGACUGAUGUUGUGCCUUACCCAUAUCGACAAGAUGCUGAUUAUUUGUAUGUCACAGGCUGUCAGCAACCUGGUGGGAUUGCUGUUUUAGGUCAUGAAAUUGGUUUGUGUAUGUUCAUGCCGGAGCCAACAUAUCAUGAUGUCACAUGGGAAGGGAAUACUGCUGGGGUAAAGGAGGCAAUGGAGAUAUUCAAGGCUGAUCAGGCAUUACCUAUGAGCAAACUCCAGCAGAUGUUAUCUGGAUUUUUAGAAAGAUCUUCGGAAGUAUUUCAUAAUGUAAAGACUGCUACAAGAACUUAUGUGGAGUUGGAGUCCUUUCAGAAGGCAUUAAAUAAAGGCAAAGCAAAAGAUCUGUCUGUAUAUACUCAUGAAAUGCGCUGGGUGAAAUCUCCAGCUGAAAUUAACUUGAUGAGAGAGGCUGCUACAAUUGCUUGUCAGGCUCAAUUACAGACCAUGUUUCACUCAAAGACAUAUCCACAUGAACGUAUGAUGGCAGCAAAGGUGGAGUAUGAGUGCAAAAUGAGAGGUGCCCAGAAAAUGGCAUUUAAUCCUGUGGUGGGUGGUGGUCCAAAUGGCAGUGUCAUACAUUAUUCUCGAAAUGAUCGUAGAGUUAAUAAUGGUGAACUUGUGCUGAUGGAUAUUGGAUGCGAGUUUCAUGGGUACGUUAGUGAUAUGACUCGUACAUGGCCUCCAUCUGGUAGAUUUUUAUCUGCUCAUGUUGACCUCUAUGAUCUUAUUGUGGAGACGAAUAAAGAAUGUAUAGAGCUUUGUAAACCUGGUGUAACCUUACGGCAAAUACAUGAACAUUCGGUCCAGAAACUCUACAAAGGACUGAGAAAAAUUGGAGUACUGAAAGACAAACUGAGCAGUCACCGAACAUACCAUCAACUCAACCCAACGAAUAUAGGACACUAUCUAGGAAUGGAUGUUCAUGAUUGUUCUACGAUCAGCAAUGACCGCCCUUUGAAGCCAGGGGUGGUUAUAACUAUUGAGCCAGGUGUAUAUAUCCCAUCUUCCUUCGAUGUUGCAGAGAAGUAUCAAGGUAUUGGGAUAAGGAUUGAAGAUGAAGUUCUUAUAACAGACAGUAGUUAUGAGGUCCUUACUGGAUCGAUGCCCAAAGAAAUAAGUCACAUUGAGUCCUUGCUAAACAACUACGUCCAUCAAUCAGAAUCAGAUUGCUUAGCAACUGCUGUUUCAAGUUGAAGUGAUGGCCUUCUCAAAUUUCCAUUGCCAUAGAUCGAUGCUAUCAGAAGUACCAGGGGGCAGGGAUCAUUGUUCGAAAAACAUGUCUAACAUUUGUUGAUGUAUGUUUUAAUAAUUUUUUUGGACUAUGCUUCUUGGGGCUGCAUCUGCAUUCUGCAUGCUCGUAGCCUAUGCGCCAGUGCUGGUUCAGUUGCCGUUCAGGUUGCUUUUCUAUGUACUUCCCUCGAGUUUCCUUUCGAAACAAACAAAACACUGUCACCACAAAUGCAUUGUUUCCAAUUCUAAUAAACAAUUAUUUCACUUGUCCAGACUGAUUAGAGUUUUGCUUGUAUGCAUUGAUUCCGUUCGAGAUGAAUGCAUGAAAAAUCAAGUUCACUUUGUAUGAAUCUCGCUCUCUGGCAAUGCUUUAGGUGCUUGUUAGAAAGUUAAUUUUGUGUGCAAGUUGGACAAUUCAUUUUGGGUGCAUGUUGGAAAAGUCAUUCUAGGAGCUUGAAACCUUUUCUCGUUUGAAUUUCAGGAUCCUUGUGAACCAAAUUAGGUCGGUAUAUUCUCUCCUAAAUCAAGAGUUGAUUUAGUGGGCUGUGAGUAUCAUCCUUUUAAUUUGGAGAUCCAAAGUGCAAUUUUAAUUUGUUAGACUCGUCAAAACUCAUUAGUAAAGUUUGUGUGCAAACUUCUGUUCUCCUUACUUGAAUCAAACUUGAACUUAUUGAGGGGUGAAAAAUGGAAGUAUGUGUGGAAGUGAAGUAUAGCCAAAUUUACAUUAUCUCAUAUCCAUUCCAUUACUUCAAUGCCAUUAAGUUGCUUUCAAGUUCCACAUAGAGUGGAGUUUAAGGUCAGAUGUUUACAUUAUCUGAGAUCUGACCCAAAAAUUAGUUUUGACUACAUUAGAUUUAAAUAUGAGCUACUAAAAGCCAAAAUGAAUUGAAUUAAAGUGAAUUGAAUCGAAUCAUAUGUACCGGACAUAUUUGGCACCUCUGAGUAACCCCAAAACAAUAGACCAUUUCUCUUGAUUUAUAUCCUGAACCUGUUCUGUAAGUGUAGUGAUGUUCUGUUCUGCUAAUAUAAAGUUUAUUACUACAUAAAGGGAUAAGGAUUGCUAGGGUGGUAGUGGUUAGACCAGGUUAAUUUUUGAUCCGACCUGAAAUAGAUUCGAAACUAGACUAGAAACCAGUGAGCUAUAAUCUGCCCGACUGUGGUUUUGACAGGUCUAGUGAUGGUAGAUGGAUGCAUUGAAGGCAUUACUACUCUCUGACAAGUGUUUAUUAAUGGUAUGCGUGAAUCCGUUGCCAUUUGCAGAACUCUCCUGGUUCAAGCCUUUAAAAGUUUUGAAAAGAUUGACCUUUGAGUGAAGCUGAUUAUUGAAGUAUUGUGAAAAUUUGAAUAAAAUAAGAUGUUUUAACAACUUAAUUCUAAAAAUAAGCUUCGUGAAAAAUUUAUUCCCAAAAUAAGCGUCCGUAUAUUCUAACC